GGCUUGCCGUUGAUGCUGCAUGUGGCCUUUGAACCCAUUGUUGUGUCGCGGGUGACGUCAGUGCCGUGUGCGGGAGACGGAGCGGCGUGCGCCUGGCGAGACAAAGGCGGCGGACCGGGGUCAGGCAGCAGCAGCAGAGAGCCGAGAACCACUGUUUUUAUUGUCACCAAAAAGACAACAACUAUCCUUGGAUUUCAGCUGCGUUCCCCUGCUGGAAAGCAGAAUGAAGACACAGUGACACUCCCAGGAAUACGCUCUGACUCCAGAAAGAGAACAAAAACAACAACAGUGCCCUCUUUUCGAUUUUAAACGUUUUUCUCCUACGCCCCCCAUUUAGCGUGCUAGCUAAGCUAACCCUGUUAGCUCCCUAGCGCUGCACAGAGCUGGUCUCCUCCUCCUCCUGGCUGCUUCUCAUCUUUUCCCUCAAAACCUGGGCGACAAGCGAAGACAGGAUCUCAUCGACCAAGGCAAGAUAAAAAGAGGGUGAGUUCACUCCCAACAAACAGGCAUCGGUGAUCUGAUGUGAGAUCCACGGAGACAAUAUGCCUAGCCCUUUAUUCCACCCCGAGAUUAUGGACCACGACGUGGUGAUCAGCAGCCAGCACAACGGGGUCGGUCUUCCCCGGGAGACAGACCAGGAGUCCCGGGACGAGGACCACCAAGAGGCAUUCCGCUUCGCCCUGGACCAGCUGUCACUCAUGGCCAUGGAGAAGGUGGACUGUGUGGGCGGCGGUGGGAGCGUAGGCGGCGGACUGGUCGACCCUCUGGAUGGGACCCAGGGUCCGGGCUCUGACGGCUGUAACGGUGUGGGCUACGUGGAUCUCCAGAUGAUGGAGCAUCCCAACGGGUCCCGGGAUUCGCCGUCGUCCUGCUCUCCAUCCCCAGAGUACUACGGCACAGGCGGGUACCACAUGGCCGGCUCCCACUCAAUGCUCCACGGGGAACAAAGCUCCGUCCUCUGCAGCAGAAAAAGAAGUGUCAACAUGACUGAAUGUGUGCCUGUCCCCAGCUCCGAGCAUGUGGCCGAAAUAGUGGGAAGACAAGGUUGCAAGAUUAAGGCCUUGCGUGCCAAGACAAAUACCUACAUAAAGACUCCAGUCAGGGGCGAGGAGCCAGUAUUCAUCGUGACGGGACGAAGGGAGGAUGUGGAAAUGGCUAAACGUGAAAUUGUCUCUGCGGCCGAGCAUUUCUCUAUGAUCCGGGCAUCCCGCUGCAAAGCCGGAGGGCCCGGGGCAGCAGGAGGAGGAGGAGGAACCAGCACUGGCACUGGAACUGGUACUGGCACUGGCACCAGCUCUCUUCCUGGACCUCCACACUUACCUGGACAGACCACCAUACAGGUGAGGGUGCCCUACAGAGUAGUCGGUUUAGUUGUUGGACCAAAGGGAGCGACUAUCAAGCGCAUCCAGCAGCAGACUCACACCUACAUCGUGACCCCCAGUCGAGAGAAAGACCCCGUGUUCGAGGUCACCGGCAUGCCGGAGAAUGUGGACCGAGCGAGAGAGGAGAUCGAGACCCACAUCACCCUGAGAACUGGAACCUUUGUAGACCUGCAGGGUGACAACGACUUCCACUCCAACGGCACUGAUGUCAGUCUUGAAGGCCUGGGCGCCCUGAGCGCGGGGCUGGCCUCUACUCUGUGGUCCAGGGCUUCUGGCCACCACUCUGCAGCCCCUCCACCUCCAGGCUCCCCACCUCCUCCCAUUCCCAUGUCCAUGCACCACUCCUCCGGCCGGAAGAUGUCCUCCUCGGCAGCCUAUCACACGCACAACGGCGGGAUGAACUCAGAGAACUUCAGCAACACACGCAAGGCCAAUGAGUCAGGCAGCCCCACCAGCCCCUUUAGCACAGGCUCCAGCAGUGCGGGAGGAGGAUUCACUUUCGGGGGAGACUCCACCCCAGGGUUGCCCUCCUCCGAUGAACUGGGCUUCGAGUUCAGUGCCGCCAACAUCUGGGCUCCUUUCGUUAACGGUGGAGCAGGCAAUAAGACGCCUGGCUCCGCCCAGCAGCAGCCUCUACGUCGCAACAGCAGCGGCCUCAGCGGUGGCGCCAUCACCCCACGAUUGUCUCCAACUCUCCCUCAGGACACGGGCGUGGGCCCCAUGGAUCACCCCCUAGCCCGCCGUGCACAGAGCGACCCCCUUAGCACUCUCUCCUGGCUGCAGUCUGGCAACGCAGGCGGCGGCUCCUUCUCCGGAGCGUCCAGCUCCAGCUCCGCCGGCUCGUCCACCGGUUAUUCCUCCUGCUCGGCCUCCUCCCUGCCCGGCGGCUCCCCCACUGACUCCGAGGGAGGCAGCGGCGGGGGUCUCAGCUCUGGCAUGCUGAGUCGUCUGAAAGGCCCCGGGGUCGCAGGUCUGGUCGGCGUCGGCCCCGGGAUCAACAGGGACUGCUUUGUGUGUUUCGAGAGCGAGGUGACAGCAGCCCUGGUGCCGUGUGGCCACAACCUGUUCUGCAUGGAGUGCGCCGGGCAGAUCUGCCAGUCAGCCGAGCCGGAGUGCCCCGUCUGCCACACCCCCACCACACAGUGCAUCCGCAUCUUCUCCUAAUGCUCCGGCAGAGCGGCGGGGCGGGGGGUGAAAUAGGAGGGAGGCGGGAAGAAGACUGGAGUGGGGCACCAGCUGUGGCAGACGGAAGGAUUCACACUAAUAACUUUCACACACACAUGAUGGACCAUAAUAAACGCAUAAUAGAGAUGAUGAUACUAUACGGAUGUUGAUUUAUUGCUGAUAACUGUCAAAAAUAAUAAUAACAAUAAUAAUAAUAAUAACGACUGAAGUUAAUUGAAACUGGUCUGCAGACAGUUGUUGCCUCAGACGGUCUCAGUGAUGAACUUAUGGAAGGAAACUAGUGUCUUAUCUCUCUUCAGGCCUUCAUUUUGACUCGGCGCUGCCGGUCUGUCUCGACAUUUCUUCAUUCUGGCUUCUUCAGAUCUCUGCCUGCUUUUCUCUCACAGCCUUUCCUUUUGACACUUUUGUACUUAACAGAUAUUUUUCGAUGGAGCUGUCAAUAAGGCCUGCACUUUUCUACUCCUUAUUUUAAUGUUUCUUGACAGGAGGCAAACCGUUCCAAACCGACCCCCCCCCCCCCGUCCUUUCACCUUCUCCUCUUGCUCUCACUCAUGCUGUUGCCUGUAACAUUGAGAGGCGGGGUUGCUAUUUUUUGUAAGUUUGGAACUUUUUUAAAGAUCUGCGAUGUGAUCAGGCCCCUAUCAGCACACCCUAGGGCCAUCUUAGGAAGACCUCCUGUUUCUCGUUGCCACACAAAUUUAGCCAUCUUUAAUGCCAAAUGAAUGCUAUUAAAUAGAACUCUCUUUAAUUCACUCUCCAAAUUGAAUAACCUGUUGGAUGAAUUUGCAUUGCAAAUGUGGCUGCUGCUUUGAUUCACAUGUAUAGAGUGGUGCAGUGACGAGUCCUAAAGUGAGUUAGCAUUUUACCACUACCGGUUCCCUCGUCUCAGAGUCAAUGGGAUUUCUCCAUAGGAUUUUGGAAAAUAGCUUGAAAUUGAGCUUACUUCCGGGUUAAGUCAUCCCUGCACCACUCUAUUACCCAUUAAUAAGUGAGAAACAUACCAUUUGUGAUACAGUAGGAAUGUGUCUGAGGUCAGUUUAUUUGUACGUUUGGGCUGCCUGACAAUCCCUUUACAUCUCUCUAUUGCGUAUGUGUGAAUAUCGCUCACUCAUGCUGUUUUCACAUCUGCAUCAUCAUGUGUCACCAUGUGAAGGUCUGGUGUCUGUCCUGCUGCCCCUCCUUCACUCCCACAGUCUUAAAGGAAGGAUUCGCUCUGAUCCAUCCAUCCCAUCAUGCCUGUUACACUCAGAUCAGUCGCUCAGCCUUUUCUAUUCUAUUCUAUUUUUUGACUCUUGACUGUCGAGUGUGUGGCUCGCAGACAUAUUUUGGACUCUAGGAUGAGAUAGGGCUUCUCUGAUGUCACACGUGAAUGUUUUGUGCUGUAAGGAUAUGGAGAAGGCUGCUCCUCCCACACUAAACAAUAACAAGUGGCUCAAUUGAACCUUUUUUUCAUGCACUGUAACUCCUAGUCCCUCUUAGUAGGAAAGAAAAACAGCUCUUACUGUUUUAGUUUUGGUAGUUUUGGUCUUCCACCCCACUCUCACAGCAAAGCUGUAUGGUACUCUCAGAUGACACACUGUCAUUCCCAUAUAGCGCUGUACUUCUGGCCAAAUGUGGUGCACUAAGUGGUUAGUCGUUUAAGGUUGCUCCCAUGUUUUCAUAGCAUUACUGAUAAGGCAGUUGCAUUCUGUUUUGUGUUAGUGGUUUUUAAAGAAUUCAGUCUAAGUUUGCAGUAACUGCCUCCUAUAGUGUUAAUACUGUAUGUAUGAUUUUGGGCGAUGUAGUUGGUACGCGGUUGCCGUUAUUGGCCCUUUUGAACAUGCACGGAAUCAGCUCAUAGAAUGAGACAAGCCAUGCCGACAGAAUUAAAUCGACACACCUAAUUCUCAAGGGCUUCCUCUGACUGCACAGACACAUGAUCACGCUUUCAGGCUCACAUGCAGAAGGUAGAACUUAUCCUUUAUGGCAGCUAGUAGCUAGGUCAUCCAGGGCUUCCAGACACUUUGUGUUCAAAUCCCAGCAGCUGCAGAAUGUUUUGCUGUUGUAUCUUAAACUAUAUUUUCUAACUGUCCCUACACAGCCAUCACAUUCGGAUCCGGUCAGUAGGGCAUUGCAGCCACAGUGUGUCGUCCUCUCUGGACGUAGUCUCAGAUCAGGACGGGUCGUAGGGUUUUAAUGUCAAAGGAAAAAGGGUAACUCUACUGAGAGUAAAAAAACAUGUAGAAAAUGGGCAGUUUCUGCUGUGCUUUGGUGCUCCAGCCAGUAUGUUAACUUAUUUGCUGCCUGACUGUUCGUUUGCUACUUAGGUGACGAGGGCAGCAGCUGCACAGAGGAAUCUAAUAAGCCGCUGUCCUGGUUGAGCGCAGCAGUGCACUCACUCAUGUGUCCAUACGUGUACGUGAAAUCUGCCCAGGAGCUGAACCAGGAGUCUUUGUGAAGACUCUCCCAUGGUGCUUUGGGGCAACUCCCUAUUGAUACGCAGCGUUGAACAAACCCAGUUGGCAGCGGGAGGCCUCUUAGUGUUCAGACUUCUGCGGCGCUGCACUGUAAACCUGACUACCCUGUUCUCGCUCCUGCGAGAACGCCUCCCUGUCAGGCUCUGAUGUCAAACGUCACAUUUUGUUUCUUAAUCGUGUGCACUCAGAACAGAUGCCGGGCCCUGAACGCAUCUGAAAGAACUGAUCAGCUGUGUGAGUCUGAUGAUGCCGAUCUUAGAGCCCUUCUUUAAACUGUCCACGUUGGCGUGUUAAAGGAAAUAAACGUGUUGUAUUUACCAGAUGGUUCUGAUGCACACCCUGGUGUUGCACUGGGGUGUUUCUGGCCAAUGAGAAAUUGUUAGGGUUUAGUGUACAGUAGUUUUCAUUGUUAAAAAGGUACAAAGUUUUUCAGAUUGACUGCUGAUUUUUUUUUUUUUUUGCCAAACUUAUCCCCUCCCCCAUUUCCUUCCUAAAGGUUUGAAAACAGGGUUUCCUGAGGUAUGCUAGCCAGUGACCUCUGACCUUUUUAGUGAUUAGAGGGGGGGGAUGCGAAGAGAGCCAGGCCAGUAAGGGGUGACAGACACCCCUCAAGCUGCCGCUCUCCUAUUUUUUGCUUUAAUUCUCUUUUGUAUGCAGAACCAAAAUGUAAAACGUUGGCAAACUAGGUUUCAGGCCUGACCUGUGUGUAUAUACCCUGAAUACAAUCAUUGGGCUCUUGUUUUCAAAAGCAAAAUGAAUUAAUUGAAGAUAAGUGUAGUUUCUAAAGAACAUGUAUCAUUAUUUGUAAGUUAACCAUCUGCAUGUCUUCAAGCCACCUGGCAUUAGCUAAUAAUUUUUAAGAUAAAAAAAAAACUUUUUACACAUUUUUAUUUUUUACAAUUUAUUUGCGUACCUAAAUAUCCCAGACAAUAAUGUGACCCUUUUUAUUACUUCAAAUUUAUUUUUAUUUUCCAUUUUUUUAUUUUCCUUAUUUCCUGUGUACUACAUAAUAGGCAAUUUAUAACAAAAUGAGAAAAUUAUUGAAGAAAUUUUAAAAUUGAAAUAUAUUUUAUUUGAAAGUUUAUGGACCUUUUAACCGUGAGCCGGAAAAAUUGUAUAAUCGUAUAAUUUGAGCUGACUUGACGGUUAUGAGAAAUGUAUCAAGAGUUUUAUUUUUUAUGCUUCUUUAAUAAAGUCUUGUUUUGGUUUCAUUUUUUUUACUGUAAAAUAA